AUGGCAACCUAUCAACCCUAUAAUGAGUACUCUACAGUGGCCAGUGGUGGCGGAUUCGAAAAUUCCCAGAACAAUAGCAGGCCCAACACAGCUUCUGGUGGGUCGUCGCAAUCUACGCUGAUGCCUGUGACUAUCAAGCAGGUGUUGGAAUCGAAACAACUAGUUCAAGAUGGCCCCUUCGUGAUCAACAAUUUGGAACUACAUCAUGUUGUCUUCGUCGGUGUGGUCAGAAAUGUAGUGGACAAGACAUCGAACAUCACUUUGACAGUGGAGGAUGGCACGGGCCAGAUAGACGUCCGUCAAUGGACUGCUGACCCCACGGACAUGGCUAACGCAAAUGAGGGCCAACAGGACGACCAACAAGGUUCGUAUAGCUCGCAGAUUUCUCGCAUGUACCAGGUAGGGACGUAUGUCAAGGUGUUUGGUGCUCUCCGCGAGUUUAGCGCGAAGAAAAACGUCCAGUACGCGGUGGUUAAGCCCAUCGACAGUUUCAACGACGUACUCGCCCACCAUUUGUCGGCAAUGAAGUGCCACGCUAUCGCCAACGGCAGGAUGGAAAGCGACGCAUAUCAAGACACUAACAGAGCUCAGAAUAGUGGUGAUGAGCAAGGUCUAUUCGUCCAAGACACUUCGGCCAAUGAUCCGAAAACGGCCCUCCACAAAAUUCUGGAGUUUUGCACCGAUCAGUGUCAAGGCAAGGACGCAAGUAGUUUUGCCGUUCAUACUAAACUGAUCGAACAAAGUCUGGGAAUCUCUGAAGAGGAUGUAAAAAUGUUCUGCCAAACGUUGGUGGACCAAGGAUUUAUAUAUCCAACAUUCGAUGACAGCAGUUUCUUCGUCUUAUAA